CUGGACCUUCUUACUAAUAGUGGAAAGUGAAAAUCGCGGAAUAUUGUAGAAAUUUUAUAUAAAACAUCUUAAAUUGUUUGAUUAGAGCGCGCUGAAAUGACGGACGCGUUUUCCUAUCAACGCACCGUACAGAGUUUGGCUCGCGUAUUGGCGCGUAUAGAGCCAACACCGUGGGACAAGGUGCAAUCGCUUUUCCGCUAUUGUCCACAAGAAAAUGCCGCUGGCGUUUUUUGUCUCGAUGCUAAAGCGCAAGAUGCGGUCAUUGCGUUGGGUAUUUAUUUCCUAGAAAGUGGGUGUCAGCAUGAGCAGCGCAUUGUACCAUAUUUACUACGUCUGGCGAAGUGCUUGCCAAAAGCAGUUUGGGUAGAUGAUGCAAAGUGGAGCAAAAUCGAUCGUAUACCAUCGGCAGAAAAGUUCAGCUUUUGUUUGAAUACUUUACUUUCCGAUAUAGCUUCAAAAUGCCCCGAUCUACGCGAAGAGAUCAUACUCAAUCAAGUGGAGACACUUAGUGCUUUGGCAAAUAUUAUCAAAUCUAGUAAGGAUAGCAGCUCUGCGCCACCACCCAUAAUACUAUGCAAAGCAACUGUACCAUUACUAUUUGGUUUGGCGCGUUCUAUGGGCCGAUAUGCAAGCCAAGAUCCGUCUUUAUUGUGUCGCAUAUAUCCACGUGAAGAAAUGCCGGUGGUUAAACAGAACAUGCGUGAUGGUGGCAGUUUCAGCUCCAGCGAACGCAUUGCUUGCUUCUCACAAUUUCGCCCUAUCAUACCACGUUCCAUGUCUGGUAGCUUGAGUCAAGACUCCAACGAGCUGCGCAUGCGUCAAUUGCAAAUGAUUAAUGGAAUUAAGCAACGACCACAUUUACAAACGUAUUUCUCUGUGCCAUAUGAUCCGCGCACUCAUUUCUUCACCAAGACCGGUUCCAGUUUUAAUCAAUUCCCCAAUAUGCGCGCCUGUGAGACGCCAAUUAAAACUAAGAAGUCACUCACUGUGCCACCAUUUCCCAUUCAGCAUCUACAGACCAUCUUCGCAGUAGCCAAGAAAUUACUCACCAAAGAGACACUGGAGCACUUGGAUGAGCAGGCGAGCGAUAUAUUUGCUCUGCAUCAAAUAAAGGGCUAUUGCUACAAAAGCUUUUCGGAGACGCUGAAUUUGGUAUUAGUGACGCUGCUACGUGAACUUUUACAACACCAAAUCGAUUUGCCAACACCAUUUACGAAGGACGUGCAGGAAUUUGUGAAACGUCUAUUUUUAAAUGGACAAACGGAGCUGGCAAAUAAGCAGCAAGAUCAAGAGAAGGAGAAGCGCGAAGAGAACGGCAUACCGGUGGUGAAUAAAUACAAGGUGAACGUAAUGGCAAAUGCCGCCUGCGUCGAUCUGCUGGUCUGGGCUAUACGCGAUGAAACGGAGGCCGACAAGCUUUGCGGUCGACUGUCACAGAAGCUCAACUCUGUGCUGAGUCAUAAGAUUGUCUUAGACCACAUGCCAUUGCUGAUGGUUUGUCUCGAGGGUCUUGGCAAGUUAGCGCAAAAAUUCCCCAACAUUGCCGGCACAUCCAUAUCGUAUUUGCGCGACUUCCUUGUCGACCCAAGUCCUAUAUUGGCCAAACUGCAUGCUUAUUCGCAGCAAACGCUGGCGCUGCAGAAAAAGGAGAAGGAAAAGUUGGCGCCUUUCAAGAUCGUGGUGCAGAAUAGCGAAUCGCGUUCGACGGUGGAUAUUUAUGGUGAAAAUCAGAAACAUGCGGGCAUGCGCUCGGGUCAGGCAGCCUUCGAGGCAUUGCGCGAUGCGGCAAUUGAAAAUUUGAGCAUUGCAUUACGUUCUGCGCACACGUUGGAUCAGUACUGUGUGCCGGCUUUGGUGGCUAACCUCUCGAAUCGGUUGUUCACAGCAGAGAAACACGAAUCUGAAUCUACUUUGGUAAGCCUCAAUAUUAUUGUGAUGCUCGGUCAUGUUGCCGUUACGCUCAAGGACACUUCGAAAACCACGCAGAAUAUCUUGCAAUUCUUCAUUCAACGCUUCUGUAAGGUACCAUCCGAGCAGAAUGCGCUAAUCGUCGAUCAAUUGGGAUGCAUGAUUAUCUCUCAGUGUGAACCGCAUGUUUUUGAAGAGAUUAUGAAAAUGUUUUCGCGCAUCACAGUGCAGUCGGCAUCGUUGGCCUACACGUCGGAUCAGGAACAUCGCAAACAAUUCAAUAACGUGUCGGAUGCAGUGGUCAAUGCUUUGGGUAAUAUUGCUGCCAAUAUACAGGGUGACUCGGAGAUGCUCGAAUUAUUGGGCAAACUGCUCGAACUCUUUGUGCAGAUCGGUCUGGAGGGCGAGCGCUCCUAUGACAACAAUACACCAGGUGCGCAGAAGGCCAGCUCCAGUGCCGGCAAUUUAGGUAUGCUAAUACCAGUAAUUGCGGUGCUGGUGCGUCGCCUACCGCCGAUUAAGAAUCCACGUUUGCGUUUGCAUAAGCUAUUCAAGGAUUUCUGGGUGUAUUGUGUGGUCAUGGGCUUUACAAAUGCUCGUCUCUGGCCAGCCGAUUGGUAUCAAGGAGUGCAACAGAUUGCAGCCAAAUCGCCCUUACUCAUCUCGCAGACGACACACAAAUCCGACAUGCGUGAAUUGAACUAUACGUCGGCGAUUAAAAGCGAUUCGGUGAGUUUGAAUGAAUUACGUAGCCAAAUACUCCUCCUGCUGGAACAUCCAACGGCCGAUGUUACCGCUUCGAUCAACAAGUUGACCUUUGCGCAAUGCACUUAUCUCUUGAGUGUGUAUUGGUUGGAGACUUUGCGAGUGGAAAAUUCAGAAGAACCCAGUUUGGAGCCGAUUUUGAGCUAUCUUUGCGAUAAUGCGUUGCAAAAGGAUAAAUCUGGAAUUUGGCAAUGCGUGAAGUGUGUUGCCGAUCAAGUCUUUGAGAAAUUCCGCAAUGUGCUUUUCGCACAUGACGAGAUCCGCGAAAAGGUAUUGGAAUCACAGGCAAUGCUAUUGCUGGUCUACUUCAAUCACAUCCACAAGCAAAUCCAGUUGGUUGCCGAUCAGUAUCUAUCACAGUUAGUCGAUAAGUUUCCACAUUUGCUAUGGAAUCGUCGCGUGCUCUGGUGCAUGUUGGAUAUUCUGCAAUUGCUUGCAUUCUCGCUUACGCUCGACCCGAACGAAGAGACACCUACGCUGCGCGUCGUAUCUACGCCUUACACCUUGCAACUUAUGGACUCAUUGCCUGCACGCGAAAGCCGCCUGAAGGACUUUGCCGAUCGCUGUCAAGGUAUCGUUAAUGAAGCCAUGAAAUGGGCACCGCGUUCCACACGCUCGCACCUGCAAGAGUACCCCAAUCAGAUACCCACACAGGUACUGGCGCACCACAGUGGUCUAGCUUUGGCCUUCGAUUCGGUAGUCAGCAGCAAUACGUUGUAUCCAAAUGCUUUGCCAUCGAUUAGUAAGCGUCCAAAUUGCGUAAAUAGCAAUACGCCGCGCUUCGUGUCCGUGUUGUGUCUGCGCAGCAAAUACGCUGGUGAAAUUUCUGGCAUGUUGUCGGUGCUAAGUGAGGAAGAAAAGGCGGGCUUAGCUGACCGCUUAGUGAAGGAUGUAUGGGACGCGUGUGCGGAGAAGAGUGACGCAAGUCACCGUGGCGCCUUGUGGCGUGCCACCGCCUACUUGAUUAUCUGCUCCGAUGUGAACCGAAAGCUGUUGCAUGCAGUGGCCACCUCACAAGUUGAAUUAUUCACCGAAUAUGCCGUAGAAACGGCUGUGGAGUGCUGGCAGUGGGUGUUGACGGCACGCCAAGAUCUGGAGCUCUGCUUUAUCCAAGAGAUGGUUAGCGCCUGGCAAACGACUUUCGAAAAAAAGUUGGGCCUCUUCUCUGACGAGGUAGAGACCACCAUACCAUUAGCCGCCUACGACGGCUGUAAGCUGGUCUCUAAGCCCAUUCAAAUAGCGCCACAUCUCAUUUGGCUGCAGUUGCUCUCCGAAAUGGUGGACACCGCCAAGUAUUGUAAUCGCGACAAGGUGGAAAUGUUUUGUCUGCUGCUGCAUCGUUGUCUGCCUAUUUCGAAAAAUUCGAAACAGAAUCGCCAAGUAUCAACGGUCGGUUGUCGUUUUAAGCUUCUGCAAUGCGGUCUCUCGCUACUGCAAGGCAAUACAAUACCGCGUUCGCUGGCGCGCAACAUAUUACGUGAGCGCAUAUAUAGCAAUGCAUUGGACUAUUUCUGUGGUCCGCCCACAUGUCCCAACCAGAGUAAGGAGCAAUUGUUGGAUGACAUUCUGAUACUGUUGAAAUUCUGGCAGACGAUGCGCAGUGAGAAGAAACAUUUGGUCACCUCGGAGGUUGGCGAAUACGAUAUAACAGCGGUGGCGUCGACGCAAAUGCUCUCCGUGAAGCAGAAUGUGGAGACGGCAUCGCUAAUUAGUGCUGGUGAUGUUGCGCGUUCGAUGUCGACUGGUGGCACUGGCGGCUGGUACAACACAAUACCGCACUCCACAUCUACGCUAUCGAAACGAUCGAAUCGCUCGAAACGACUGCCGUAUCAAAAGGACUCGUACGACAAGGACUAUAUGAAGAAGCGUAAUUUGAUUUUGGAAUUACUGGCAGUCGAGCUGGAAUUCCUCAUAACAUGGUAUAAUCCGAUUAGUCUCCCUGACUUGGCCAUACCCGGUGAAGAGCAGGUGAAUGAAUGGCGUGCACGUCCCUCCAAACCCAACUUGUGGCGCGAUUACGCACGCCUUGCUUGGACCUACAACCCAGCUUUGGCCGUUUUUCUGCCGUUGCGAAUCAAAAGCGCCGAUUCUAUUGAAGAGGAGGUCUCUCGUUUGGUAUGCGCCGAUCCCAUCGCGGUUAGCCACAUUCCAGAGGCACUCAAGUAUUUGUGCAACACGAAGAAUCUGCUACACGAAAGUCCAGAUCUGGUUUAUAUACUUUCCUGGGCUCCUGUCAACCCCAUACAAGCACUUUCCUACUUCUCACGUCAAUACCCAUCACAUCCGCUCACCGCACAGUACGCCGUCAAGACGCUCAGCUCCUACCAAGCUGAAUCGGUAUUGCCGUAUAUUCCACAGUUGGUGCAGGCAUUGCGGCACGACACCAUGGGUUAUGUUGCAGAGUUCAUUAAGAACAUUUCGAAGCGUUCUCAAAUUGUGGCGCAUCAACUCAUAUGGAACAUGCAAACCAAUAUGUUUAUGGAUGAGGACCAACAGCAUAGGGAUCCAAAUUUGUUUGACUGUUUGGAGGCGUUGUCACAGAAUAUAAUUUCUUCUUUCUCUGGCGCUGCCAAACGUUUCUACGAGCGCGAAUUCGAUUUCUUCGGCAAGAUCACAGCAGUUUCGGGUGAAAUACGUUCCUUCCCGAAGGGUAUUGAACGUAAAAAUGCCUGCUUGGCGGCUCUGAAACGUAUACAAGUACAACCAGGCUGCUAUUUACCCUCGAAUCCGGAAGCUAUGGUGCUGGACAUUGACUAUAACAGCGGCACGCCCAUGCAGAGCGCUGCAAAAGCGCCAUACCUGGCUCGUUUCCGUGUCUAUCGCUGUGGCAUAACAGAGUUGGAGACACGCGCCAUGGAGGUGUCUAACAAUCCGAACUCGCAGGAAGACGCCAAGACGACGCUGGGCGUUGAGUCGUGGCAAGCGGCGAUUUUCAAAGUGGGCGAUGAUGUGCGUCAAGAUAUAUUAGCGCUACAGGUUAUAACAAUUUUCAAAAAUAUAUUCCAACAAGUCGGUUUAGAGCCGUUUCUCUUUCCAUAUCGCGUCGUGGCUACAGCGCCCGGUUGCGGUGUCAUUGAAUGUGUGCCAAAUGCUAAAUCACGUGAUCAACUUGGACGCCAAACCGACUCCGGGCUCUACGAGUAUUUCCUACAUCAAUACGGUGAUGAAAGCUCCAAAGAGUUUCAAGCAGCGCGUGCCAACUUUGUUAAAUCCAUGGCAGCAUACUCGCUAAUCGGUUACUUGCUACAGAUCAAAGAUCGGCAUAACGGCAAUAUUAUGAUUGACAAGGAUGGCCAUGUCAUACACAUCGAUUUCGGAUUUAUGUUCGAGUCCUCGCCCGGUGGAAAUAUUGGUUUCGAACCCGACAUGAAACUCACCGACGAAAUGGUUAUGAUUAUGGGUGGCAAGAUGGAAGCGCCUGCCUUCAAAUGGUUCUGUGAGUUGUGCGUGCAAGCCUUCCUCGCUGUGCGGCCCUAUCAGGAUGCGAUUGUUUCGCUGGUCUCGCUAAUGCUGGACACUGGUUUGCCCUGCUUCCGCGGUCAGACUAUAAAUUUGCUGAAGCAACGUUUUGUAGCAACCAAGAAUAAUAAGGAGGCUGCGGCGCAUAUGUUGGCGGUUAUUCGGAAUUCAUAUCAGAACUUCCGCACACGUACUUACGAUAUGAUACAGUAUUAUCAAAACCAGAUACCAUAUUAAACGACGGUGGAAUGGUGUGUGCGGUAGAAAGUGUAUGUAAGCGUGUCAGUUUAAAAAUGUAUGAAAAGUUAGGAAGGUGUUUCUCUCAUGUGUGUGCUCUCUACACUGUUAUUCGCUUAUUUUCACCUCUAAAAUUGUUGGAGAUUUUUUGCACUAAUUUGUUAUUUCUAGAUUUUAAGUGUACGACUAUUAAAAUGAUGCUAAUUUUUAGUGAUUUUCGUGUGAUCAAGAAUGUUUUGUUAAAUAUGAUAUAUUCUUGUUUCAAACUAAUAUUAAAACAGCAUAUGUCAUUGCAUGUAUUUGAAAAAUAAAUAAUUGUGGUGUUACUGCUUAGCAACAUGUUCAAAAAUUAUAAAA